AUGGCGCCCACCACUGGCCCGCGCAACACCAAAAAUGCGAAGCCGGCCGUUCAGCGAUCGAAGACGCUGAAACGCAAGCGUGGACAGGAAGAGCUGUCGUCCCUCAUUCAGCGGGUCGAAGGGCUCGAUCUCAAGGAAUCCUUCGAAUCGUUCUCCGAUCUGCCGUUGUCGGAACCGACUCUCUCCGGACUCACUUCAUCGCACUUUAAAACUCUGACCGACAUCCAGUCCCGUGCGAUCAGUCACGCGCUCAAGGGCCGCGAUGUCCUCGGAGCCGCAAAGACCGGCAGCGGAAAGACGCUGGCGUUUCUCGUACCGGUGCUCGAGAACCUGUACCGCAGGCAGUGGGCCGAGCAUGAUGGUCUGGGCGCUUUGAUUCUAUCGCCGACCCGCGAACUCGCCAUUCAGAUCUUCGAGGUGUUGCGGAAAAUCGGCCGCUACCACACAUUUUCUGCCGGCCUGGUUAUUGGCGGGAAGAGUUUGCGCGAGGAGCAGGAGAGAUUGGGACGCAUGAAUAUUUUGGUGUGCACGCCUGGUCGGAUGCUGCAGCAUCUGGAUCAGACGGCGCUGUUCGACACAUAUAAUCUGCAAAUGCUGGUCCUGGACGAGGCGGACCGUAUCUUGGAUCUGGGCUUCCAGCAGACUGUGGAUGCCAUCGUGGGGCAUCUUCCGAAGGAGCGACAGACACUGCUUUUCAGCGCCACGCAGACGAAGAAGGUUUCGGACCUGGCUCGCUUGAGUCUCCGGGACCCGGAGUACGUGGCUGUCCAUGAGACUGCAUCUACGGCCACGCCUGCUAAACUUCAGCAACAUUAUGUGAUCGCCCCUCUUCCGCAGAAGCUCGACAUCCUGUGGAGUUUCAUUCGGAGCAACCUCAAGUCGAAGACGAUGGUCUUCUUUUCCUCAGGCAAACAAGUGCGAUUUGUCUACGAAUCCUUUCGCCAUAUGCAACCCGGUAUCCCCCUGAUGCAUCUCCACGGUCGCCAGAAGCAGGGUGGACGAUUAGAUAUUAUGACCAAUUUCUCUCAGGCGAAACACUGUGUUCUUUUCUCUACGGAUGUCGCCGCUCGUGGUCUGGACUUCCCGGCCGUCGACUGGGUCAUCCAGAUGGACUGCCCUGAAGAUGCGGAUACGUACAUCCACCGAGUGGGUCGAACGGCGCGGUAUGGACGAGACGGUCGUGCGGUACUGUUCCUUGAUCCUAGCGAAGAGGAGGGUAUGUUGAAACGUCUGGAGCAGAAGAAAGUCCCCAUCGAGAAGAUCAACAUCAAAGCAAACAAGCAGCAGAGCAUCAAGGAUCAGCUGCAGAACAUGUGUUUCAAGGACCCUGAACUGAAAUACAUUGGUCAGAAGGCGUUUAUUUCCUAUGUCAAGUCGGUCUAUAUCCAGAAGGACAAGGAGAUUUUCAAGCUCAAGGAGUUGAAAUUAGACGAAUUCGCGUCUAGCCUGGGUCUUCCUGGUGCGCCACGGAUCAAGUUCAUCAAGGGAGAUGACACGAAGCAGCGCAAGAACGCCCCUCGCGCCGCGGCUCAUCUAUCCAGCGACGAUGAAGCAGGUUCCGACGCCGAGGAGGGCGAGCCGAAGACCAAGAAGAAGGAGGAGCCACAGGUGCGGACCAAGUAUGACCGCAUGUUCGAGCGGCGGAAUCAAGACGUGCUGGCGGAGCACUACUCGAAACUCAUCAAUGACGACGGAACGAUGGUGGCACCGCCCAACGCGGGUGCUGGUGCUGAUGCGGACGAGGAUGAUGACUUCCUCUCUGUCAAGCGUCGUUUCGAUGUCGGUGACGAGACCCUGGGCAUGUCCAGCGACGACAGCGACGAGGAAGACGACGACGACGACGAGACGUCUCCGAAGAAGGAAACCAAGGUGGUGCACAUCGAUGGCAAGGAAGCCUUGGUUAUUGAUUCGAAACGGCGCGAGAAGCUCCUCAAGUCGAAGAAGAAGCUACUCAAAUUCAAGGGCAAGGGCACCAAGCUGGUCUACGACGACGAAGGCAACGCGCACGAGGUGUACGAGCUGGAAGACGAAGACCAGUUCAAGGCCCGCGGCGACGCCAAGGAGCAAAAGGCCAAAUUCCUGGAGGAGGAGGCGGAACGCACGCGUCUGGCGGAUUUGGAGGACAAGGAGAUCGCCAAGCAGAAGCGUCGCGAGAAGAAGGAGAAGCGCAAGGCUCGCGAGCGCGAACUGCUUGCCGAGGCCGAGGACGAGGAGGAGACUGUGGUUCAACUACCUCCGUACGAGGGGGAUCACGACAUGGACGGUGGGUUCUCCGCCUCCGAGGAGGAGGAGGAGGCAGCUCGCCCCAGCAAGAAGCCCAAGGUCAAGUUCGCCGAACCGGACGAGAGCGACAAGGGAUCGGAGCCCUGGUACAAGAAGAGCAAACGGACCGACGACAAGGGAGGCUCCCAGGCCCCUCAGAUUCAAACAUUGGAGGAUCUGGAGUCUCUUGCCAGCGGCCUGCUCGGCUAG